CUUGUAAUUAUUCGAGCAAGGCUUCUUGCGGACAGCGACGACCUCAUGGGGACUGUACGGGCGCUCGCUCGAUGCGCCCUCACAAGGCCUGCGUAUUCACAUUAGUCUCUCUCUUUCUGCGGCCCAUCGCUUUCUGGAAGGGCUUUGAAAAAUGGUGCAGCCACUCAAGAAGGUGAAGAUCGUGAAGAAGCGCACGAAGCACUUCGAUCGCCACCAGAGCGACCGCAAGGACUCGAUCAAGACCUCAUGGCGCAAGCCCAAGGGUAUUGAUAACCGCGUCCGCCGCAGGUUCAAGGGCGCCCUGCCGAUGCCCAACAUCGGCUACGGCUCGAACGCCAAGACCCGCCACACGCUCCCCAACGGCUUCCUGAAGUACACUGUGAACAACGUGAAGGACCUGGAGCUGCUCAUGAUGCACAACCGUCGCUUCUGCGCCGAGAUUGCGCACAACGUGGCCGUGCUCAAGCGCAAGGCCAUCGUGGAGCGCGCCGCCCAGCUGAACAUCCGCGUCAUCAACGGCGCCGCCCGCCUGCGCAGCCAGGAGGACGAGUAAACAGCCGGCCUGCAGUUACGGCGGCGCGGCGGCGCCGCCGUGGCCGUGCGCCGGUGGCGGCUUGGCUUCACGUAGCUGGGGGGCCUGCUGGCGGCGGUGCGGCGGCGGCAGUGCGUCGCUUUGCGGGAAUGGACCGGGUGGUUUGGGGUGGUUGGGGUGGUAUGGCUGGCGCCGCCGGCCGGACUCGGGGCCGGAGGCGGCGCGUGGCCGCGUUGCGGGCUUCCGCGGUCGCAGGAGAGGUGUUAUGUCUGUAACCUAAAAAGUCGCGAUGCUGGUGUCGGGGCAUCUGGGUUUGGGGGCAUUGUUCCUGGUUGUUAAAGACUGGGACUCACACGCCUGAGCAGCGGCGAGGUGGUAACCGGUAAUCGCUGCAGGGAGGCCAGUUCAGCACAUGCAUGACAGACAAUCAAAUGUAUGUCGUGGACCAACAGCACUCCCGGGACUAAAGUUGGAAUACAGCAGGGAUGCAGCGCACCCGUUUACUUGUCGACGUGUCGCUGCUCUUGCCAAGGCCUUGGCCCAGCGUGCCUUGGCCAUGGCUCUC